CGCCCACCUCUUGGGUGACCCGCCUUGCCUCCGUCGUGUGAGCCUUAUUCACGCUUUGGCUUUGAUGGAGGAAACAUCGCUGGUCGGAGAAGGCAACGUUGAGGAAUAGCCUCCCGGGAACAAAGAGGCCGAGGUGGCUGCUACAGCUCCUAAUUGGGAAAACUACACAAAAUGUUAUCCCGGUUAAGAAUAGCUGGUGCUCCUUGCAUCUUGGCAUGUCGUGGAUUCCACACAAAAGAAAAGGGCAAGCUCUUAUUGUUGAACCCCAGAACAAAUAAGGGCAUGGCUUUUACAUUAAAAGAACGGCAAAUGCUUGGGCUCCAAGGACUUCUACCUCCAAAGAUAGAGACGCAAGACAUCCAGGCCUUACGUUUCCAUAAAAACGUGUCAAAAAUGACCGAUCCUUUACAAAAAUACAUCUAUCUCAUGGGAGUGCAGGAAAGGAAUGAGAAGUUAUUCUACAGGAUACUGCAAGAUGAUAUUGAGCAGUUAAUGCCGAUUGUUUAUACCCCAACGGUGGGCCUAGCGUGUUCCCAGUAUGGACAUAUCUUUAGGAGACCAAAAGGAUUGUUCAUCGCCAUAACAGAUAGAGGCCAUGUUAGGUCUAUUGUGAACAACUGGCCAGAAAAUGAUGUGAAGGCUGUCGUCGUCACAGAUGGAGAACGGAUCUUGGGUCUUGGCGAUCUGGGUGUAUAUGGAAUGGGAAUUCCUGUUGGCAAACUCUGUUUAUAUACAGCGUGUGCAGGAAUACAUCCCGAUAAGUGCCUGCCAGUGUGUAUUGAUGUCGGCACUGACAAUCAGAAUCUUCUUCAAGAUCCGUUUUACAUGGGACUCUACCAGAAACGAGACCGCUCACAUCUCUAUGAUAACCUCAUUGAUGAGUUCAUGGAAGCCAUCGUAAGCAGGUAUGGGCAAAACACCCUCAUUCAGUUCGAAGAUUUUGGCAACCAUAAUGCUUUCCGCUUCCUAAGGAAAUAUAGAGAAAAAUACUGCACUUUCAAUGAUGAUAUCCAAGGGACAGCUGCUGUAGCCUUAGCUGGAUUGUUGGCAGCACAAAAAGUCACAGGCAACUCCAUCUCAGAGCACCAGAUCUUGUUCCUUGGCGCAGGAGAGGCUGCCCUCGGAAUUGCCAAUCUCAUAGUCAUGGCUAUGGUGGAAAGUGGCAUUUCAGCAGAAGAAGCUUACAAGAAAAUAUGGAUGUUUGACAAAUUCGGCUUACUGGUUCAGGGACGAGAACAAACUGUGGAUGUCAACCAAGAGCUCUUUACUCACCCAGCCCCAAGUGAGCUGCCAAAGAGCUUCUUGGAAGCAGUGAAUCUACUUCAACCUUCUGCCAUCAUUGGGGUUGCAGGUGCUGGACGCCUCUUUUCUCCCGAUGUGAUCAAAGCGAUGGGCUCUAUCAAUGAGAAACCAAUCAUAUUUGCACUGAGCAACCCUACCGCAAAAGCAGAAUGCACUGCGGAAGAGGCAUACACAUUAACUGAGGGGCGCUGUCUGUUUGCAAGUGGCAGUCCAUUUGACCAAGUGAAGCUGAGUGAUGGGCGGUCCUUCAAACCAGGCCAGGGAAACAAUGCCUACAUCUUUCCAGGUGUUGCCCUUGCUGUUAUUCUCAGUGGAGUUCGACACAUUAGCGACAAAGUCUUCUUGGAGGCUGCAAAGGCUUUGACAGAACAAUUGAGUGAGGAAGAGCUUGCUGAGGGACGGCUUUAUCCUGCACUGUCCAACAUCAAAGAGGUUUCCAUUAACAUUGCUGUUAAAGUUAUGGAGUUUUUAUAUGUCAACCACAUGGCGUUCCAUUACCCUGAGCCUGCAGACAAAAACAAAUAUGUCAGAUCAAGGAUCUGGAGUUAUGAAUAUGACUCCUUUCUACCAGACUUAUACGACUGGCCUGUGCCAGGAACAAGCUGACUUGCUCAAAGGGCACAUUUCUCAGGUGUCAUCUGAAAUUCUGCAGGGAACCCUCUUCCAGAAGAAUUGUGGAAAACAUCCAAAUCACGAUGAGUUCAGACCUGUGGCAUCAUUUCCUUUUCCCCUACUCCUUUUCCCCAAAAUGUUUUUUAACCUGGUCUCACAACCAUUGCUUCAAGUUGUGGAUUUCUUUCCCCAAUGACCUGUAUUCUCAAAAAGGAAAUCAUUGUCCAGAAGUGAUAGAAAAAAAUGUCCUUGAUGAAUUAAAUUUACUUUUACAGCUUGCACCGCAAGGCAGCAAAGCUGCAUACAGGCAAAUAAUAUUCUCUUGACAUCCUGUUAUUACAGACCGGAGUGAGCAAUUGCUCCAGGCCUGAGGGGUGCACAUGAGCCCUUCCACGAGAUCUGGAAGGGAUACACUCACUUCCACAUAUCAGCAUAAAAAAAUACCAAGAACACCAUCUCAAUAUCCAAAGGUCUAUAGAUUGCAGCAUUUUCAGAUUUGCAAUCCUUGUGGCUCAUUUUAUAUCCAGUGCAGGCCUUUUUUUUUCCUAUCAGGAAGUGAUCAAUUUGCAAAAAAAAAAUCCUUCCUUAGUAUGAAACAAAUUUAGGAGGACUGCAAAUCUUAUGAAAUUGCUCCUAAAAUGGGCUAGGCUAGCUAUUCAGUGUAAGUAUUUUUUUUGUUUUAAAAAUGGAUUUACUGGCAUUGUGGCUCAUCUGCUCCUAUUAUAGACUCAGGUUUGGCUUCCAGAAACAGCAGGUGCUAAACUUGUUCUGGGUAUCCUAUUCCAGACCUUCAGAUGAAGGAGUUGCCCAUAUUUGUAUGUGUCACUGUAGAAAAAUAUAUUUGUUUGGCCCAGAAACUUUGCAAGGCAGGCAAGUUUGGGUCACUAUUUUUAUCUACUUGGAGAUAUUUACUUUUCAUGGGGGAAGCACUUAAAACAGCCUGAAGUUGGACAAUCCUGAAAAAAUAAUUCUCCUGAAUGCAUUAGCUGGCCACCAUAUUUUAUCAUCAUCACUUUAUAAACUUUUGAUUGUUCUUUUUGUAACUUCAAGGCAGCUUGCAUUUUUCUAAUGUGCUGGAUUUCAUGGCAUGUCAGAUUUACUCUGAACUGGGGUUUCUUUUUCUUAGCAGAAAAACAUGCUCAAUUAUUCAUGUAACUCCCAAGGAAAGUAAGGCUUAAAUAUUCAGAAUUUGUUUGAUCUAAGUAUACUGAUAAUGGUUCUGAAUUUUCCAAAGUCACGUGCAGUGUUGGUUUUCUAGCUCUCCUUUACUGGUCUCUUUCUAUUCCGUCCACUGCCACCAGCAUACUCAUGCAUUUUCCGAAUCAGCCAUUUCUCCCAAUCAGCCUUUUCCAACCAACCAUUUUUUACCAUCCAUCUUUUCAAGCAAUUCUCCAUGACUAUCAUAUCUCAACCUCAGCUCCAAGAUCUCCAGUACAUUCCCUGAUCUCGCUUCUAUUCUCGCAUCAGUAUUGGAGGAUGUCUUCCCCCAAUAAUGCCUCUGAUACUGGGAUGUGAACAAGUUGAUUGCAGCUCGCCAGAAACAUUUUGCAUCAACAUCUCAAAGUUUCGGUUUGAGCAUGCAUAUAAAGCUACUACAUUCUACAAACUCAUCUUUUAAAACAGUUAACUGGGUCUUUUAGAAUACUUUUGCUAGUCUAUGUGCAAAGCAGUUGUUGCCUUUCGACUAGUAAAAUUUAAAAAUGCAUCACAAUUUGCCCUCCCCUUUAAAAAUGUGAAUAUAUUCUUGGCUGGAAAAAUGUUCGGUACAGCCACUAGAAGCACAGUCCAGCUUGAAAAUGGGAGCUCAAAUAUUUAUUGGUCUUUAUGUGUAAUAGAAUGUGGAUCAGCCCAGAAAUACUGAAUACAAAAGCUUGGCCUCAAAAUAUAUUAAAAUAUUACAAAGUAAUACCAGAUACUUUUGUUUUGAAUGACAGUUUCUGGCAGCCAGCAUGAGGGUUUUUGGAAGUUGUAAUCUAUAAUUAAUUCCCCCUUCCCACAGAUUUGCGUUAGAUAUACUAAGGUUAAGACACCUUUAUGACACAAUUAAAUGCAUCCAUAACUUCCAACAAAUGUCUGCGUGAGUAGAAGGAUUUUCAGAAAUCCUUUGAAAGAAAGCAGUUUCUCAUUUAAUAGCAAACAUUGCCAGGUGAUUGUGCCUCUUAAAAUAUGGGCUGGAAUGAUGUGACCUUUUAGGGCUAAACCAGACCCUGAUGCCAUGCUAAGCCGGUGACAAUACAUGGCAUGUAUCAAGGAGCAGUGGGACAACCCCCUUAUCUCUAAUGGAGAUAAACUGAAUUGCAUGGAUCAAUUACAUGUAUGGCUGCUUUGUGAACAGAUUUUUGAAUGCCUAAUUUACAUUGCUGCACUGCAGUGUUUUGUAUAUAUACUUGGAACCCAAUUAGUUGCGAGAACUUGAGUAUGGACACAGAUUGAAAGAUUUGGGGGAAGGAUUGGUUCCUGUUUGAUAGAGGAAGACUUUUCACAUAACAACUUCUUUCAAAUUUUAGAAGAUGGCAUGCAAUGCAGGCAGAUUUUUCUUGGAUUUUCCUUUUGCCGUUAGUGUCAAAAUGACGAGAUAGCAAGGUUUGCAACUCUUGCUGCCCUGUUUGCCAAAAAGGAUAGAAAUCUAUUUGUGCCUGAAAGCACUUAAGCCGUGUAAACAUACAAGGAAACGUUUUUGAACAGCUUUAAUUUGAGCAUUCUUUGAAUAAGAUUGGCAACAUCUGAGAAGCAGCUAUGAGAAAAGGGGUGCUUGGAUUUAGAUGCUUUAGAUUGGUAUUUUGCUCGAUCUGCCUUCACCAACCUGGCACCCUGUUGUGCUAGCUGGGGAUGAUGGGUCUUGUUCUCCAAGACAUCUGCAUUGGGAAAAGGUGCACUAGUCUCCUCUCAGUCCACAAAUGUGGAUCUGGGCUUCCUUCCAUUCAUAGCAAGGUCUUUGACAAGCAAAUACCAAAAGUUUAAUUUUGGUACAAUUAAGGGUCUAUAAAACAGCAAAAAAUAGACUUGUUGAUAAAGAGCUGCGUGUGUAUCUCUAUGUUCCUUCGUCAUACUCUUGGUAAAUAGUUGGCUGUUAAAAAUGUUAUUUUUAUAUAAAAAUAAUUGGUGUACUUUACGAUGUUGUCCGAAUGUAUUUUUCUCUAGGAGGCAAAACUAUAUGUCCCAAUAUUCUGUCCAUUUGAUGACAGGAUUUUGUUGUCCUUUUUUUGCCUUACGACAUGUAUUCAUUAGUUGCACUUUGUCACUCUCCCAAUCCUCUCCUUUCAUUUGUUUUCUUUUCAAUAACUUAUUCUGUAUGUAGUUUUCAACAGUUGUAUUUAAUGGUAGUUUUGAAACUUGGUCUGUAAAGACACCUCUUGGUGACCAUGCUGGUUUGAUGUGAUAGAUAUGCUGGGCACCUUUUUAAAAACAGUUUGGGAAUUGAUUUGUACAACAUAUUGGAUUGGGGGGGAUUAGGGAAUAGAAAAUUCAUGUUUUUAAAAAGGAUUUCUUUCUUAUAUAUCCAGUGUCAGGAAUUGUUUCCACAGCAGAUGCAACUGAGAAAUCUUAAUAGGGGUUUUUCUGUGGCAGCCAUGAAAAUGGGGUUUUGUGUGCAGAGAAAAGCAGGAUUUGGUUAAACAAACAAAAAAGGAGACUGACUCAGAUUUUCCCAUCCCAAAGGAUUUUGGAGGACGUCAUUAAAAAUUCCUCAAGUUUCAGGGAAGCGACACGACCUUUUCUUUAUAUUCAAUGCAGGAAAACAGAGACUGCAUUUUUGCUUUUUCUCAUUUUCUCAUCAGGCAGUAAGCAAACCCAACUAUCUCUGGCAGGUGAGAAAGUCACAAGAGAUACAAAAGCAAGGAGAAAACAUAGAAAUACGUUAUGCUAAUCGCUAUGUAUUGUGUAUAGGCUGCAGGAGGAGAUGAAAACAGUUAAAAUGCCUUUUGAGGGAGUAGUCCUCUCAGACAAAAUUCAAAAGAAUUUCAUGAUGUUAAUUUUCUGCACUGUAUUUUAAAAUGACAGUUUAUUUUUCUCCUUUGGUAAUAUCGUAACUGUACUGAGAAAUGUAUUAGGUCUUCUAUUUUCAUAGUAAAAGCCUUUUCAUUUGCUUA